AUGUCGGGCCCUGUUCUUGUUGACGGAGUCCUGGUCCUUACGCCAGCUCCAGAAGGAUACGUCGUCAACUUGCAGGAUCCAGCUAGGCAGUACACGACAGAGCAUUAUGCCGUGUUUGGCGUCCUCGGAACGCUCGCCACGGUCGCUCUGGCUCAGAGGCUCUACGUCAAAAUACACCUCUCCACUGGCUUGGGGGUCGACGAUGGUCCGUAUUGCACGCAAUGCAUGCGAAUCAUGUCAAUGUCCACCCAGGCGUUGCUGACACAUUCCCUCAGAAUUGGUGGCAUGGGAGUCCAUGUCUUUGAGAUGCCGCUGGAACGAGUCAUCUAUGCAUUGACACUCGCUUAUGUCGCUGGGGGCACCUUUAUGGUGUGCAACGGCGCUGCCAAGCUGUCUCUGCUGUGCUUCUACUUGAAGUUGUCGCCGGUCAAGCUGUACAGAGUCGCGGUAUGGUCGAGCAUUGUCAUCGUCGCCUUGCUUACUACCAUUAUCACCGUGCUAUUGCUCAUUCACUGCACGCCAGUCAAGUCGGCGUAUGACAUCACCCUACCGGGGCAAUGUCUUGACGUUGGAGUGCUGUACAUGGCCAAUGCUGUGACAAACAUCAUUACCGAUCUGAUGUUGUUCCUCAUUCCGAUCCCCACUAUCAUCGGUCUGCAGAUGGGCAGGCGGCAAAAGAUUGGCGCUCUAUUGGUGUUUGCCGUGGGCUCAGUCACCAUCAUGACGUCUGCGAUCCGUCUCGGGCUGCUUCCCAACUUGUUGAAAGCAACCGACAUUACUUGGGACGCCGCCCCGGCCAACAUUUUCAGCUUCGUCGAGGCCAAUCUCUUCAUCAUCUGCGGUUCAGUCCCCACCCUCCGAAAGUUCUUUAAGCACGUGGCCCCCAAGCUCAUCGGGAGCUACGCCGAUUCGUCGCAGUACGCACACCGAGAGUACAGGCAAUCAUACGGCUACUCUUCGCACAGCCGCUCGCGCAAGGAGCACGGCGCCGGCCGGUACGAUCGCUUCGGCAAGGAUGAUAAUGAGCUCCGCCAGCUGCCGCCGUCAGUACUGCAGCCGCAUGCGUUCUCGACUUACCCGUCCAGCCCAAAGGGGGAGGAUGUGGAAUUUGCUCAAGGCAAGACCGGGAACUCGGCCACAGCUGAGGCGCAGGAGCCUGUUCGGGGAGAUGACGGCAGUGAGAAGGCAAUUCUCACCACAACGACUGUAAAUGUGCAUUAUGAGUAGUAGGC